CACGGCUUCCGAAGCGAGAAUGCAGGUGCUUUCAUCGCAUCACCUUUCAGCCAGUGCCCGCCUCCCGCACAGGAGGAAUGUGAAAUGCACCUGAACUGGAUCCCACAUGAGGAAGAAUGACUGACUGGCUAAAAAGUCACCAACUUGUUCCGUCUCUCAAGUUUAUCUCGCAGAACCGACACUAAAAAAACGUAACCGCACGCGCGCUUUUUUACUCCUGGCCAAACAACAAAGCGGCUCUGACAAAAAUGGACGAGUGCUGCACAUCAGGCGAGGCAUCGGAGAGGCUGAGAAUACACAGAGAAAUAGAAAGACAACUUCGCCGUGAUAAAAGAGACCUUCACAGAGAGCUGAAGCUGCUGCUUUUAGGGACUGGUGAGAGCGGGAAGAGCACCUUCAUCAAGCAGAUGAGGAUCAUCCACGGGAAGGGCUACAGCGAAGCCGACAAGAAAGGCUUCAUCCGACUGGUGAACCAGAACAUCGUCACUGCCAUCCAGGCGCUGAUCGACGCCAUGAGGACCCUGAAGAUUGACUACGUCGACGACCAGAACAUUAACAAUGCAAAUAGAUUAAGCCAGCUGGAUGUAACCCAGACAACAGAAAUGUGGGAGUCUUGGCAAGUGGACGCCAUUAGGAGAGUCUGGAACGACCACGGCGUUCAAAAGUGCUACGAACGACGGAGAGAGUACCAGAUAUCAGACUCUGCCAAAUAUUACCUGAGCGACUUGGACAGAAUCUGCAGCCCGCAGUACAUCCCCACUCUGCAGGACAUCUUGAGGGUCAGGGUGGCCACCACAGGGAUCAUAGAGUACCCCUUUGACCUGUCAAAGGUCAUCUUCAGGAUGGUGGAUGUGGGCGGCCAGCGCUCCGAGAGGAAAAAAUGGAUCCACUGUUUCGAGGACGUCACCUCUGUGGUGUUCUUGGCGGCGCUCAGCGAAUACGACCAAGUCCUGGUGGAGAGCAAAGACGACAACCGGCUGAAGGAGAGUCUGGCUCUGUUCGAGACCAUCAUGUCCUACAAGUGGUUUCAGGAGUCCUCCACCAUCCUCUUUCUGAACAAGAAGGACUUGCUAGAAGAGAAAAUCGCAACGUCUCACUUGGCUGACUAUUUUCCAGAAUUUACUGGACCUCAACGCGACGCAGAGGCGGCCAAAAAGUUCAUCCUGAAAAUGUACGUGGAUCGGCACAUCGGCCGCCACAAGCCCCUCUACACGCACUACACCUGUGCCACAGACACCGAGAACAUCAAGGUCGUCUUCAAAGCUGUGAAGGACACACUCCUCCAAGAUAAUCUCGAGAGGUUCGGCCUCGAGUGAAGGAGUAAAUAUAAAGCUGGCCCUCGGCCCUGCGGGGUCACGUCUGACACUUCUAAGGAUGUUUAAAAUGUUAAAUUCUGUAAUUUAUUAUGAAAGGCUGAUAAUAAAUGCUUUUAAAUGUAUUAUUUUUAUUUAACAUGAGAUAAACAAAAAACCCACUUUUCUCGGAAAGCUCUGGAAUUCUUUAAAGUCUUUAAAUGUUCAGAUCUUUUUAGAUGGGUUUCACUGUAACCUGUCUUUUAAAAAAUGCUGCAAAUCCAGUUCUGUCUGAAGAGAAAAAUGAAAACCUCGCAGACGACAGCCAUGCGUCAUUCCAAAGCUUUUUGUCCUUUUCAUAUGAUUAUCAUUUAGAAUUACCAGUUUGUAUAUGGGACUAACUUUCUCUCUGUCACUCUUUGAAAAAUAAUACAGCUGUAAAAACCCG